UUGGCGUGUCAGGAUGAUGCUCUCACGAACUGAGCUACCCGGCCAGGGCAAUGCUCGGCUGUUUUAAAAGAGUCCUACUUACUCGAAAAAGUACCAUCACAUAGAAAUGCAUACUUGUCUGCUCAGAAGCACGUGGCUGGCUGCCGGGCCCAGAAUCCGCUAGUUUCUACUCAUCCACCCUGGGCAGACAUGGCUAACUGCGCACAGCACCCCUUUCCACCAGUCUGAAGGCUCUGCAUCCUCCUUUGUUCUUCUCAAAAGGCAGCUUCUCGGUGUGGAUCAGAGGAGCCCUCCCCACGCCAAAAAAAAAGUCUCGUUUCUUUGCGAUACAAACUCAAGACGCCACCUGGCGGUGAAGAUUCUUAAUUGCAGGCAGAGUGCCUAGGAAAAAAGACAUGCCCUGAGCCAGCAAAGCCAAAAAUGACAGUAAAUGCACGGUUCUGUCUAGUCUUGCCCAGGUGGAUGCUGCCUAAGGAGACUUCACUGGCCCAUUUUUGCAGGAGGAGAGGUGUGGAAAGAGACGCAGAGUGAGGGGUGAGGGGCCCCAACAAAGGAACUGGUGCUCGUACGUGGUGACCCGCACCAUCUCAUGCCACGUGCAGAACGGCACGUACCUUCAGCGAGUGCUGCAGAACUGCCCCUGGCCCAUGAGCUGCCCGGGCAACAGCUACAGAACCGUGGUGAGACCCACAUACAAGGUGAUGUACAAGACAGUGACCGCCCGGGAGUGGAGGUGCUGCCCCGGGCACUCGGGGCCCAGCUGCGAGGAAGUUGCAGGCUCCUCUGGCUUCGUGGAGCCCAGGUGGUCAGGCAGCGCCAUGCGGCGGAUGAUGCUCCGGCCCACAGCCUUCUCAGGUUGUGUCAACUGCAGCAAGGUGUCGGACCUGGCGGAGCGGCUGAAGGUGCUGGAGGCCAAGGUGGCCGUGCUGACUGUCACCCAGCAGGCGGUGCCCCCAACCCCAGCCGCCCCCGAGGACCCCGCCCCUCUCUGGGGCUCCCCAGCUGCCCAGGGCAGCCCUGGAGAUGGAGACCUCCGAGGGCUGCCCGGAGCCAGAGAAACCCCGAGGGCCCCGCUGCUCCCUCGAGAUGACCGAGUUGGUGCCCGGGGACUUCACGGGCCCAUUGGCCCCAAGGGAGACAUUGGCAGCCGGGGCCCAACAGGAAUGAGAGGCCCCCCAGGUCCACAGGGCCCCCCAGGGAGCCCUGGCCAGGACGGAGCUAUGGGCAUCCCUGGAGAAAGGGGACCACCAGGUCCCCCAGGGCCCCCUGGGCCCCCCGGCCCCCCAGCCCCCGUUGGACCGCCCCACGCCCGGAUCUCUGAGCAUGGGGACCCAUUUCUGUCUAACACCUUCACUGAGACCAGCAGCCACUGGCCCCAGGGACCGGCUGGGCCCCCUGGGCCCCCAGGGCCUAUGGGUCCCCCUGGACCUCCUGGUCCCAUGGGCAUCCCUGGGAGCCCUGGCCACACAGGACCCCCAGGCCCCACUGGACCCCAAGGAAUCUCUGGCCACCCAGGAGAAAAGGGUGAGAGAGGACUGCGUGGAGAGCCAGGCCCCCAAGGCUCCAUGGGACAGCGGGGAGAACCUGGGCCCAAAGGAGACCCCGGUGAGAAGAGCCAUUGGAACCAGAGGGGUCAGGGGCAGGCCCUGCCGGCGUGGGCACCCCCAACCUCCUUCGGGGCAAGAGGGGAGGACACACAGCCAACUACCGGAUCGUGGCCCCCAGGAGCCGCAACAAGAGAGGCUGAGGGUGGCGGUGGCCCCUCGGGUGGACCAGGCCAGCCGCCUCUGGGGACCGCCCAUCCAUAUUUAUUAACGUCCUCAGGGUCCCUCUGCCACCUAGGCCUUUGGGGGAAGCAGGGCUAGGUCCUGGCACCCCAGGCAUGGCUGCCACGUAUGAGGCUGGGGUCUGAGGAGAGGUGGCCCAGGGGGGAGGUGGGGCCUUGCUCUGUGAAAUGGGGUGAUGCAGGCCUGCAGGGAGCGGGUGGCAGGUUCAGGUUCGUGGUUUGUCUUCCCAUCAGCUGCCCAGGCAUCGGGCCUGCAGGCACUGUGGGAGCUGAAGCUCUGCCUGGCCCUGAGCACAUGCAGGGGCUUGGAAGGCAGACUCGCCUCCCUUCCUCCCCAUCAAACCUCUUCUCUGGUUCUCUGGUUUCUGGUGCUGGGUUUCCAACCCUGAGGUCAGGCUGCCGGAGCUGACAGGAUGCUGUGGACUCCUCCACUCAGUUCUGCCCCCAGAGCCCUAAGCUACUCCUAUGUCCCUAGUGGUGGGGAAAGGGGCCAGGGACAUGGAAAGGGAGGAGCCACCUGUCCCACAGCCUGUGACCGACACAGGAAAUAGGUGCUACCAGCCAAUAAAGGCCCCGGCCUGUUCCCCACCAGCCUGGCCUCAGUGUGUGCUUUAUGGGGGGCAGCAGGCAAGGCCAGGGGCCUCGUUUCUCUUCUGCGGCCUUCACUGCCCACCUGCAAAGCAGGUUUGAAGCUCCCCUGGCCAUCACCUGGCAAGGGGGAGGUGAGCAGAACAGCGCACAGGCCACCCUACCCGCCAGCCAGGUGUCCAAUGGCUGUGGCGUCUGA